GUUUCGUCGGACAGGAUUCCGGACGAAUCGGACGCUUGUGAGAGGCAGUUUGAGCUCUGCACUUCAAUCGGUCUCGGAAGUGUCCGACAGCCCUGGACUCUGGAGCCUGGAGGCGUCCGGAACCAGUGUAUUAAAGAUGUAAAGUAGGUACCUCCAGGGCUCUUCUGGGCUCAGAACUUGAUUGAUUCAUAUUAGGAGGUGGAUCGAAAAACACAUCAUCCAUUCAAAAAGCCAGCUCCAGCAGACAACAGUUUAGAUCUUUCAGGAUGGCUUCCACUACUGCGCUCUGCAAUGUUGUUGGUCCAGGCGGCAUCAAGAGCAGCUGUCAAGCCCCAAAAGCAUGCACCGCGUCAGUGAACGCCGUUGGCAGCAUUGCACCCUGGCGAUACCACAGCGCAUCAUCAGCUCCCUCUUCAAAUUUCCUGCACAACGAUCUUUUGAAAAGCCAGCGGCGUCUCAGUCUUCAACAGAAUGCUGCAACCAGGAGUGGUCCGCAAAGGGCCACACCGAGGGCCAGGGUGGCGGAACAAGUGGGGGUGAAGCAGGCGCUCAAGUACAACAAGCUGGGGGAGUCGGACCUGAUGAUCAGCGAGAUCACGCUUGGGACUAUGACGUGGGGCAACCAGAACACGGAGAAGGAAGCACACGAGCAGCUGUCAUAUGCAUUUGACCAGGGGAUCAACAUCUUUGACAGUGCAGAGAUGUACCCAGUUCCUCCCGGUCCAGACACCCAGGGGAGCACAGACAGAUACAUAUCAACCUGGCUCAAGUCGCAGCCUAGAGACAAGGUAAUUGUAGCGACCAAGGUCGCCGGCCGCAGCGACCGCAUCAACUGGCUCCGAGACGGCGGGGAGGUCCCGGCGGUGGACCGCAAGAACGUCAAGGAGAGCGUGGAGAAGAGCCUGCGCCGCCUGGGCACCGACCACAUUGACUUGCUGCAAAUUCACUGGCCCGAUCGCUACGUUGCACUGUUUGGAGAGGACCAGUUUGACCCGAGCAAGCGACGAGCAGCCGUAUCGUUCGAGGAGCAGCUGCGGGCGUUGGACGAGGUGAUCAAGGAAGGCAAGGUGCGAUACGUGGGCGUGUCCAACGAGACCUCGUACGGCGUCCUCAAGUUCAUCCACGCGGCCGAGCAGCACGGGUUGCCCCGCAUCGUCAGCAUACAAAAUAAUUACUCCCUCCUUGUGCGGAGCAAGUUCGAAGCGGAUCUGGUCGAGACGUGCACGGCGCCGGACGUGAACGUGGGCCUGCUCGCGUACUCCCCGCUGACGGGGGGCGCGCUCAGCGGCAAAUAUCUGGAGCCUUCCAGCGACGCCGCCAAGAAGGGGCGCUUCAAGGUCUUCCCCGGGUACCAGAACCGGUACAUCAACCAACUAGCAACGGAAGCCAUCCGGGCCUAUGCUGACGUCGCCGCGAAGCACGGGUACACCUCGACGCAGCUGGCGCUGGCCUGGGCACGUGACCAGAGCCAUGUGACCAGCGCAAUCAUUGGGGCGACCAGCAUGGCCCAGUUGAAGGAGAACCUCUCCGCCUGGACGCUUCCGCGGCCAUUGCCGCAGGAGGUUCAUGACGACAUAGCUGAGGUCUACAAGCGGUACCGGGACCCCACCUUGUUCUGAGUUGCGGGAUGACAUUGAUGUUGACCGAGCUUCGGUUAGCCGAGUCUUGAAUUCAGGUUCGGUGAUCCGAUCUGACUAUCAGUCCGAUGAACGGCUGUCACCUGAAAUUGCUCGCUUGUAAAUGAUAUUGACUUGCCCGUAAGGUACCUACACAGCGUUCCGCUCCUUUUUACACAUACGAAGCCUGAGUGCUUACGGAGGUCACGAAGAUAGCGCGGUGCAUGCAGAAGUCUGCGCCGCA